ACUAAGGAUCGGGACGAGUUCGUGUAAGUAAGAAACAAAGCACUCCGCGGGACUGGCCCUCACUGGCACUUAGCUUCCUGAUUGAAACUCCGCCCAAAGCCACUAAUCUGCCUGUCGUGCGGUCAUAAAAGUGGACACGAUGAGAUGGUGCAUUCAUCCCACCUGACACAGCCUCUCCCUGCACUCCGUGGACAAAAUUCUUGUUUCCUCUCUCUCACACACACACACGGCACAGCGAGUCUGGCCUCAGAAAAACUCGCCUGCGACAUAAGAUUUCAUCUUUGAAAAAGCCAGAUUCACGACAGAGGGGGCUGAAUAAAAUAACCACCCGAAAGAACUAACUACCUGAAACAAGAAGGCAACAAAGUGCGGAGAAAAAAAAAAGAGGUCUGAUUACUCAUUCACUACAGAAUCUGCUCACAAGCGCGUUCACGGAGUCCUCGCCUAACAUGAAGAUCAGAAUGUAUCUCGCGCUUGGUACCCUUCUCUCCAUGGCUCACAUGAUACUGCCAGCAACUGCCUGUACCCAGGGUAGAGACUGCAUACUGCCCGACUGCUUCUGCUCAACAUUUGACCAUCCAGAUUUCACGGAUGUCAAGGACAUUCCACAAAUGGUCUACUUCGCGUUCGAUGAUGCUCUGAACGUAGAUGUUGACUCCUACUAUCAGCAGGUGUUCACAGAUACCCGGCUAAAUCCAAACGGCUGUCCCAUCACCAUGUCCCUGUACGUGUCACAUCAAAACACCGAUUAUUCAUUAGUGGAGAAUCACUUCCAACGUGGCGAUGACAUCGGGUCCCACAGUGUCAAUCAUAAUGACGUGAGAACCGCGGAGAGACUGCAGUUUGAGGCCGGGCAGCAAAAGGAGAAUCUCAUCAACAACGGCCAUGUUGCCAGAGACCAAAUGGUGGGUUGGCGGAGUCCCAACCUGCAGACAGCAGGCGACGCGCAGCCGGACGUGCUGAAGGCUCUGAACUACACCUACGACAUCUCGCUCACCUACGUCCCGGAGAGAAACAAUCGCAUACCCUGGCCCUACACCCUGGACUUCGGCUACCCGUAUUCGUGCUCCACCCUUCCCUGUCCAAGUAUGCACGUCAGCCACCCCGGGUUCUGGGAGAUACCAGUGGUCGCACUGAUGGAUCUUGAGAGUGGGUUCCCUUGCGCCUACGUGGACAGCUGUCGUCCGAGCAGCGAGAACGCGGCCUUUAACUACCUGUGGAGCAACUUUGAAAAGGUAACAGCCAGCUAUCAAAAAGGAUACUCACUAAAAUGCUGUAUCAGAAAUUCCAACAAAAAUGUCCUCCUGGGGAUGUUCAAACCCAGUCCAAGAUCAUCAGCUUUACAACGCACAACCAAACUCGGCAAUCUAGUUCCCUCCACGACCCCCGUAGUGAUGAGCGCCUCUGGCAAAGCUACUACAACAAAAGAGAACGUAAGGGCUACGACAGUGGCAACAACAAAAGAAAAUGUAAAGACUACGACAGCGGCAACAACACCGCUUCCUGUUGAGGUCCUCGUCGGCAACGACUCCUGCGUGCAGGGAGUUAACUGCGUCCUGCCAUCUUGCCAGUGCCGCUCUGUUAAUCCUCCAGGCCAACUGAGCCCCGACAACACGCCUCAGAUCGUCUACUUCACAGUAAUGGGCCGGGUUGACGUUCUGACCUUUGAACCCCUCCUCAACCUGCUGGACAUCAGGCAGAACCCUAACAACUGCUCCGUCAGCUCCACGGUGUUUGUGCCCACCACGGAAAAUUUCGUCCCCUAUCUCCUAGGUCUGCUCAGCCGCCGACACGAGGUUGCAAUGUACGGCAAGGAAGGUUAUAAAUACACGCCCACGCCGUCUGUCGAAGAGCAGGUGGCGGAGCAGUUGAUGCAGUUCGCGACCCAGAUCAACAACAUCCAGUUAAAGCCUAACGCCGGAGCCUUGAACCGUGGCUGGAGAAGUCCUAUAAACAGUGUUUUUAAUGACAAGGUGCUUACUGCCUUGGUAAAAGGAGGAGUCCAGUAUGACAGCUCAGUGACCAUUGACCGCAGCAGACCAUACAAAGACCUCAUCCCCUGGCCUUACACCCUGGACUUUGGCUUUCAAGAUGUCUGUUCCGGCAGCCAGAGCCAAUGUCCUGUCAAAAGACAUCCGGGUCUCUGGGAAAUUCCAAUCGUUCCCUUGGUGGACACGAAACAAGAGUACACCUGCACUUUCGUCGAUGCCUGCACAAUUAACCGGCCCAUCUUGGCAGAGGAAACUCACAAGUACUUGCUAAACAACUUCGACUUUAACUACAACCACAACCGAGCUCCGUUUGGCAUCAAUAUUCACCGCGACUGGCUAAGUCAUCCAUUUUACGCUGAGAACCUCAUGGGCCUGGAAAUGUUCCUUAACACAAUUUUGAAGGAACGACCUGAUACUUAUGUCAUGUCGAUCGAAAAAAUGUUGGAAUGGAUGCAAAAUCCCACAGGACUGGACAAAAUUAACUCUUUUCUGCCAUGGAAGUGCAGUUCAUAAUGUUUGCUAAUGUCGAUCAGACUCUGUAAAAAUUAUGUGUGCAUUUAUGUAUGUUUUCAGAUGACGCAAUAUAGUUUAGGGUGAGUGCGUUACUUUAAACUUAAUUUCUCAGACGAUUAAUUUUCAGAUCUGAUUUCGAUUUGAUGAGGACAAUUAUUUUGCGACACCUGAUAUGUGCAAUCUAAAGAUUCUGUAAGCCUAUAUAAAUCACAAAGAAAUAUAUUAAAUAUACACUUUCAAAACAUAUCAUAAUCACACAUUGUUACAUUUCAAUAUAAUUUAUAUUGUGCUAAUGUAUUUGAUGCCACACACUUUUCUGACAAAAAGAAGCAGUGUAUGUCAUAGCAAAGAAAUCCUCUUUCUGUCUCAAUCCAAUGUAUCACAAUAGCUGCACUGCAUUAAAAGGCUAUGUAUCUCUGUCAUCAUUUGUGUGGAGAUUUCAGUCAAGUCAAUCAUUUUUUCAAAGGAAUAAAGCUUCAAAUUGUUUC